GGGCCUAAGGGCGGGACCUCUCCGCUCCCUUUAUUACGGUCCUGGGGCAGCUGCCUCCCUUUCGCCUGCGGGUUGCAGCUGCUUCUCUCGAGGGUGCCGCUUCCCUGCGCGGGACCACGAUGGCCGAGGAGGAUCCUUUCUGCCGCUACCGCUCCCCUCUCGUCUCGCGCUACGCCAGCCCCGACAUGGCUUUUAACUUCAGCGAGAGGAAGAAGUUCAGCACCUGGCGGCGCCUCUGGCUUUACUUGGCCAAGGCUGAGAAGUCACUGGGUCUACCCAUCACAGAUGAGCAAAUACAGGAAAUGGAAGCAAAACUGGACAGCAUAGAUUUCAAGAUGGCAGCUGAGGAGGAGAAGCGGUUACGUCAUGAUGUAAUGGCCCAUGUUCAUACAUUUGCCCACUGUUGUCCAAAGGCUGCAGGAAUAAUUCACCUUGGAGCAACUUCCUGCUACGUGGGAGAUAAUACGGACUUGAUAGUUCUCCGGGAUGGAUUCAACCUGCUUCUUCCCAAGCUUGCCAGGGUGAUCAGCCGUCUUGCAGACUUUGCUGAGAAGUAUGCUGACUUGCCCACCUUGGGCUUCACUCACUACCAGCCUGCCCAGCUGACUACUGUGGGUAAACGCUGUUGUCUGUGGAUCCAAGAUCUCUGCAUGGACCUCCACAAUCUUGAGCGGGCACGAGAUGAGUUGAGAUUUCGUGGUGUGAAAGGCACCACUGGUACACAGGCCAGCUUCUUGCAGCUCUUUGAAGGAGAUCAUGAUAAAGUGGAGGAGCUGGACAGGCUGGUGACUGCAAUGGCGGGAUUUAAGCGUGCUUAUAUCGUCACAGGGCAGACAUACAGUCGCAAAGUGGAUAUUGAAGUUCUUUCUGUUCUGGCCAGUCUAGGGGCAUCUGUACAUAAGAUAUGUACUGAUAUUCGCCUUCUGGCUAACCUCAAAGAAUUAGAGGAACCUUUUGAGAAAGACCAAAUUGGUUCAAGUGCUAUGGCUUAUAAACGGAAUCCCAUGCGUUCGGAGCGAUGUUGCAGUUUAGCUCGUCAUCUUAUGAUUCUGAUCCAGGACCCCCUUCAGACAGCAUCUGUGCAGUGGUUUGAGCGCACUUUAGAUGAUAGUGCAAACAGGCGCGUGUGUUUACCUGAAGCCUUCCUCACUGCUGACAUAAUACUUAGCACCCUGCAAAAUAUCUCUGAGGGUCUUGUGGUAUAUCCCAAGGUUAUUGCGAGACGUAUUCAGCAAGAGUUGCCUUUCAUGUGUACAGAAAAUAUUAUCAUGGCUAUGGUGAAAGCUGGGGGCAAUCGCCAGGAUUGCCAUGAGAAGAUAAGGGUUCUGUCCCAGCAGGCAGCUGCUGUUGUGAAGCAAGAAGGGGGUGAUAAUGACCUCAUUGAACGUAUUCGUGCAGAUCCUUAUUUCAGCCCUAUUCAUGGAGAACUGGAAUCUCUUUUGGAGCCCAAAUCCUUUACUGGACGUGCUUCCCAGCAGGUAGCAAGAUUCCUAAAAGAAGAGGUCCACCCCGUGCUUACCCCUUAUAAGAGCAAGAUGGAUGUGACAAUGGAGUUGUCUCUUUGAAUUAGUAUUCAAUUAGUAUUUCAUUAGGGUAUUUGUGGGGAAGAUAAUAAAAUAUAUUUCAAAACAGACGUGAUGUGUGAACUGAGUCUUAGAGGUUUUUGUGGCAAGUCUAGGAAAUCUUAAGGACAGGUAACAUUUCUGGGAGAAGGAUAUGCAGUUGAAUUAAAGCUAAAACUUUUAUUGCAAUUGUCAUGGGGCGGGGAGUUGGAAUUUGCAAAAGCAAUUGUUGGUUGAAGUGGGAGAUCUGUAGGAUAAAGUGUAGUGUUUCUUGGUGUACAGUGUCUUCAGCUUCCUGGCUAUAAAACGGGAGUGGCUGACAUACAAAGAGAUGAAGCUAUUGUAUGGUUAGACCCAGCUGCUCUGAAAUUAUAGAGGUUGGUGCAACUUCAAAGAGUUCAUGCACACAAACAAAUAUUAGACUCUUGUUAUAAAUCACUCAUUUCAUUCAUGGUUGUUACAUUGUUCCUGAGGCAGGAAUGUUAGAAAUUGUUUUAAGCACAGGGUUGGAAUCAGAAAGCAAGGGGGCAUUUUACUCCUAGGGUUGCAUUGUUUAGUAGAAGAGGAAUGAAUGCCUCUUCUCUCUCAGAUAGAAGGGAAUUCCUGCUGGGAUGUGCUAUAUGGUUCCCAUCUCUCAAAACAAGAAAUAAUUCAUUUCCCCAUGAGAACUGUUAUUCAUAUAGGAUUUUAUACAGAUUUAAUCAAUUGAUCAGUUAAAAGACACACAAUUAUGUAUUUUAUUGAGUUCGUUUUAUAAGGGCCUGCAAGGGGCGCCAGAGUAGCCGGGAACUGCUGUAAGGAAAGGAAUGUAGAGGAAUGAAGGUGCAGAAAAGUAAAUACAGUAGUCCGUAACAUUGUUUGUCAGCAACGUACAAGAGUAAUUCCAGAGACUUAUAAGAAGCUUAGAGAAAGAAACUAGUCACACUGCACAGCUGGUCUUGUUUAUUUCCCUCUUUCUCCUUCAUUUUACGCUUUGGGAGGAAUAAAAGUACGUCACAUUUUCCAGA